AUGGAGGACUCCGAAAGACGAACCGCUAAGCGAUCCCGCUUUGAUCAAACAGAGCCCGAGCCAAAGAGGGCCUCUAGAUUCGACCGUCGCUCGCGGUCACCACCGACCCGACGAUCUGAAGGCAGAGAUCGCAGUCCCCUCGCUCAGGAUAGCCCAUCAGACUCAAAAGGGUCGCCCGUUGAUGCCGCUGCUGCUGCUGCUGCCGCCGCCGCUCGAAUCAAUGCCUCCCUACAAGCUCGAAAGGGCAUUCAACAUGUCGACGUGCCGCCGAUUCAAUCCGCUAAUUCUGCAGAUGGACAGUCUGGAGAAGCAAAUUCGCAUUCUGUGAGCAAGGAGAUGUACACGGCCGACGGUGACUACAUCCAGGACAUUGAAGUCAACGAUCUGCGAAACCGCUACUUGCUCACCAAGGGUUCCACACAGAAAAUGAUUUCCGACGAAACCGGAGCUGAUGUAACUACUCGCGGCAGUUACUACCCUAAUAAGGCUAUGGCCACCGCUGCUAACCCACCGCUCUAUCUUCACAUUACUAGCACUAGCAAAUCUGGCCUAGAAGCUGCUGUUGAGAAAAUCAACGAACUCAUCAAACAGGAGUUGCCGCAGUUGGUUGACGAACGACGAUUCCGCCGACGAGACCAGGAACAGCAGGAACCCGAUCGGGAUCGUGAGCGUGAACACGGAGGACGACGGAAAUGGCCCGAGGAAAGGAUCCCCAUUGACUUGGAACCGAUCCCAGGGUUCAACUUGCGAGCACAAAUCGUGGGCCACGGCGGCUCUGAUGAGGACAUGUACUUGCACGUUGCCGGACCUGAUGCCAGCAUGGUCGAAAAAGCCAAGGAGCUCUGUGAGGACCUGAUUGCCAACGUUAAAGAACAGUACGAAGAAUUCAAGUCCCGGCCGCCUCGAUACAACGACCGAGGUGGCCACCAUGGAGGCGACCGAUACCGUGGAGGCAAUGACCGACAUCACGACCGAGGCAGCCAUUCCUCUUACGGCGGAUAUGGUCAAGAUCGAUAUGGCCAGGACCAGAGUGCCUCGACCAACAGUCCGGCUCAUGGUACCAACAGCCCUGCAACGAAUGCCGCUGACUAUGCUGCUCAAUAUGCUCAGUAUUACGGCGGAGCUGAUCCGUAUGCCGCAUACGGUGGUUAUGCCAAUUAUGUUGCUUUGUAUCAACAAUACUAUGGAGCUCAAGCAACCCAAGGAGCCGGUGCUCCUGGUCAACCCGCAACUUCGACAUCUGCAUCGCCGCCUCCACCUCCUCCAAGUGAAGCAGCUCCCCCUCCUCCUCCACCACCCAGUGCUGCACCUCCUCCUCCGCCUCCUUCGGGAUCCCCCCCAGGUGGCAGUUAUGGCGCAGUUCCCCCUCCACCGGGAUUAUAA